CUACGAUCUUUGAAGGUGUUCCUGGGGCUGCAGGAAAACGAGUAUCGAGAUCAACCCCUCCACCCAUUUUCUCUAUCGUUUUGUAACUAGCCAAGGAGAAGGGGUGCCUUCCUCUUUAAUAAAGUCGUUUAAAAUCUCAAUGACGCCUCGACCUAAACCUCCACGUAGAAGCUCCCUCACACCACGUCCACUGAAAACCCUAUCGCUUUAUCCCGUUAUCCACGCACGCCUUCCGAAGGAAACUACAGGAUCUAAUCUGUUUGCCGAAGCGGCCGAGCAAAGGACGGUUGGGAGCGAUGAUACGGAUGCAAAUUAUGAAUUUAACGCUCCUCAAUUUCAUGAUUUCUUGAAAGAGGAGAGCGAAACUGGCAUUGAUAGUUGGUUUGACGCACGUAUCACAACUCCUGCAAGCACGAUAUUUGCGGAAGAUAAUCAUCACAACGAGGGCGACGACGAAUUUCACGAAGAAUUUUCUGUACAAGAGUCGACACCGAAAGCCAGCCAGUUUCUGGCAAAUCUUGGGUUGACUCAACCCGAAUGUAAGCAAAACACGAGCGCUAGCAACUUCGCAAACCCCUUCGCAUCUGCGAAUCAGCGAUUGUCAUCGUCAUCGUCAUCUGCCGAUGAAUCUGUUAAGCCAGAAAGAACCAAGGCACGGGACACUAAACCCCGUGAAGGAAAACCUGUCGCUGAGAAAAUGAAUCAGACGCAGAAACGCAGGGGACUUACAGUACCAAAGGAGUUUAGCUUUGCUUCAAGGUUAAGAACUAAGGACGGGUUGGGGAUGCGGUCUCCUGGCGGAGUACAGAAAAAGAAGCCAAUAAAGCGAAUGAAUGGAAUGACAGUCCCCAGACCUUUCAAUUUUCAUUCUACUCUACGAACGUUGGCAAACGACGUGACCCAGCCAAAAUCCCCGUACGUUCCGUUGGCAGUGAAAGUGAAGUCUUUCGAGGCGAAUGUACCCGAGAGAUUCAAGGCUAAGCCGGGACCUGCAAAGGUCUUUUCUGCGGUGUCAUCUCCUUGGAGGGGGCAUGUAAGAAUGACCAAACCACGAUCACCGUAUUUGCUCACAAAGCUACGGAAGAAGACGCAUACCGUUCCGAGUCGAGAAGAACAAGAGCUGGCGGAAUUGGCCAAGAUCCAGCCGUUCAAGGCAAAGCCUGUUGACCGUAAGAUCCUGGCCUCCGACCGUCCAAUUGGUGUUCCUGCCGUUCCCAAAUCAGCACCCACCAUUCCUCAGUCGCCUGCUAUUACAAAACCCCGACCACCACCGGCUCCUGAACCCUCACCACCGAGAAUAGUAAAGGCGAAUCCUAUUCCUAAAAAGAUCUUUCAGCCGUUUGAGCCUGUGGUCGAACAUCGUGUCAUCGUGCCACCCGAAUUCUCGCUCCCAGGGGAUGAGAUUAGCAGAAGAAAAAAAAUUGAAUUUGAGGAACGGGUCAAACGAGAGAAAGAGGAAGAGGAGCGCGCGAAACAGUUCCGCGCCUACCCUUUGCCUUAUGAUGAGCCUGAUCCUCUUCCAUCCGUCCCUCACCGCCCAAUAACCAACCCUCAGCCCUUCAAUCUUGAAACAGAAAUUCGCGGCUCCUUUGCGCGUCUUACCAUCGAAGAGAAGCGAGAGCGGGAACUAAGAGAACAGGAGCGGAUGAGGCAAUUUCGGGCGAAUCCUCUCCCAUGUUUGGACCCUUUCAUUCCACAGCCUUCAAAUCGCCCGCUUACAGAUGUGGAAAACGUGCUGUUGCACACGGACGUAAGGGCCGAGGAGAGGCGGGCGUUUGAAGAGUCACGAAAACAGAGAGAGGCUAUCGAACAAAAGAUGAGGGAAGAGAUGGCAAAAGAUGACGAGGAACGCGAGAAAGAACAAAUACGGCUCCUCCGUAAGCAACAAGUUCAUAAAGCGCAGCCAGUUUUGUACGAUAAAAUGAAACCGCUGAAUGUCAAACCAUCCACCAAGAAAUUGACAGAGCCAGAAAGUCCUUUCAUAGGGGAAAAGCGCAAAAAGGCCAUGCAGGCGCAACAACACCCCCAGCUUGGGACAUUUGGAUGCAUUACAGGAGGCGGUGGCAGCAAACUUCAAGCAAGACUACUAGAAGAAGCAGCUAGAAGCCACAAGUAACCAUCUUUCUAGGACACACGUUGUUUUUAUGUAUAAUAUACUAUUGUAACAGAGAUCUUGCUCAUAACA